AUCUAACUCAAAAAACUUUCAUUCACAUCACAGCUAAAAGUCUACAAAUAGAGAAACAGAGUAAAUCAAGAAAUCGAAGAGCGAAGAAGAUGGCUUCAAACAUAGUAUGGAACUCCAAAGACAAGAAGUUUGAGACACAAGACAAAGAAGCUUACUUAGUUUAUGAGCUCAGAAAUGGUGGCAAAGUCAUUGAUAUUCUCCACACUUUUGUUCCCCCUUCUAAAAGAGGACUUGGUCUCGCAUCUCAUCUAUGCGUUUCAGCUUUUGAUCAUGCACAGUCUCAUUCUUUGUCUGUUAUUCCCUCUUGCUCCUAUGUCUCUGAUACUUUUCUUCCUCGAAAUCCAUCUUGGAACCAUCUUGUGUACAAGGAGGGGGACACCAAAUCAAAUAUGUGAAACUGUUAUCGUGCAUUGUUCUUCUGGAAUUGUGUUUGGAGUUCCAAGCAUUAGAAAACUCUUUUAUGAGUUCUUAAUAAAUUUAUAAGUACGCAUGUUGUAAGAUAUAUCCUUACACAGAUAUCUGUAUCUGUGGUGAAUGGUUGGUGCUGUUAAAAAUGUUGGAUUUAAAUGAAGUUGCUUAGAUUGUUUGAGAUUUGCAAAAUAAGUUGAUUAAAUA